CAUGUCAUGUCAUGUCAUUGACUGUUAAUUGAUUUGUUUUUUGAUAUGAACCCUUAAAAAUUUUGCAAAUAUGAUAUUAUGCAAGUACCAAAUAUCAAACACAUAUUGCCAUACCCUAAAUUGGGAUACCGUUUCCUCUUUAAAAUACAGGACAAGAAAAAAGAAUAUGUAGCCAGAAAAUUAGUGGGAUUUUCCAACAAUGAAAUGUAUCAAGUAGUGUCAGACGUAAAACGUUAUAAGCAGUUCCUGCCCUUUUGCACCAAAUCAACAAUACUAAUGAGUAAACCAAAUCAGCUUCAUGCCAAUUUAGAAAUUGGAUUUCCACCAAUUGUAGAAAACUACACAUCCAAAGUUUUUCUUGAUGAACCAAAUUCAGUGAAAGCAAUUUGUACAGAUGGACGUCUAUUCAAUUAUCUAGAGACAACAUGGAAAUUCAGCUCCGGGCUCCAAAGCAAUCCCAGGACUUGCAUAAUUGACUUCUAUAUUCAAUUUGAAUUCAAGUCUGCCAUAUAUUCACAUGUAGCUUCUAUGUUUUUCGAGAGACUAGUUCAACAAAUGGAAAAAGCCUUUAUCGAUGAAGUACGAAAAAGAUAUGGCAAUGAUUCUAUACCUAUUCAUGAAUUGAGUCCUGUGAGAAAUUGACAAAGAGAUAAUUAUUAGAUAAUUACAUUUUUUAGUUAAUGAUGAUAGCAUUAACAGAAUUUUAUCAGUUAUUGACAAUGACAUGAUUCUCAAGAGUACAGUAUUAGUUUCAAUGAAUUUUUUAAUGUCAUAAUUUUUUGUUGCCUAUAUUAUUCAGAUAGUUCCCAACAUCAACUUCUUGAGAUGAAUAAAUUUUACAACAGCUUGCAACAAAACUUGUGUAAAUAUGGUGUUGAGACUCUCACCCUAUAUCUUAUCAAAUAGGUAUGUAAAGAGCUAAAUGUAAAUAAAAUAUAAACUAUUACAGAA